UUUUUAAUCUUAUAAGAAUUAUGGACAUAACAGAGAUUGAUACAAACCUCAAAUACUUUGCUUACAACGGCAUCACUCUGAACAUUGAGGAGAAAUCUCAAAUGGAACUAGCCCUACUAAAGAUAGAGAAUGAGUCUCUUCAUGAUGAGGUCCUCUUCUGGGGAAAAAUCAAUGGCACAGUCAAAGACUACUUCAUUGCUCUUGGAGUGAACUUCAAUGGAGAGGAUAAAUUCCCAUCAAAGACUUUCUACUGGUGUUCCUCUACGAACUGGAACUUUGCUUCAAUGCCAGCUGUAUGCCCAAAGACUGCUGAAGUCGUCUGUGAGUUCAAUGGUCUCUUCACUGGAGAGCACAGCAAGAUUCUAAAGGAGGGAGAAAGCGAAGAAGGAAAAGAAAGCUACACUUUUGAAAAUGGAACUCUUGUGAUGACAAAUAAAGCUAAAAAUGUUACAGAGCUCGAUAGAUUAGCUUAUGUUGUCUGCCAGAUUGAGAGACAGUGCCAUCUUGUUCCAGAGGGAUCCCUCAAGUUUACUCCAUUACAUGAAGUCAGAAGAAACGAAGCUUUUGUGGGACUUUGUAAAGAAGAUGCUACCAAUCUUGCUAAAUACCAACACUUCAGAAAGGUCGAAUUCAAAGAAAAAGUAGAGCAAAUGGAAAGAGAUGAUUCUGUAUUCAAGCAUGAUUUCUUGGACUGUAUUGAUAAUGACGAUAUCAAAGGAUCCUGGUCUUUGCACCUUGAUACAACAGGAUCUGUGGCUAAUAUCAGAAAUCUGUUGUGGCCUGGAUUUUACGCUUACCAUAAAGUCGGCACUACACUCUACAGCAAUUUCUACUUUGGAGAUGGAAGGAAGAAUACAGACUUGCCAUUUAUGCUCUAAAUAAAUCUUAUUUGA